AUGCUCGUGAGAGGCUAAAAAUUGCCUAAAUCAAAAUUUCCGGGUCUGAAAAAACUGUUUGAGGUUAGUUGAAACCAUUAAACUUGAUCAAAACGAUAAAUGACUUUCAGUUGGGACUUCUUCUACAAAACCUCUAUUUGUUUCCCACGAGUGGAAUUUUCUUGUUUUUCAAACCUCCAGCAAAAACAGCUCAUCAGCUUGAUAAUCCGGUUUACAGGUGGGCGAAAAAAGUUGGAAAAAAUCAAGCAUUGAUUUUCAGGAUCAACCUACUCAAAAAAGGGGAAUCUGGAACCGAUAGAAGAAAUAGCUCCAUCAGCCAUGACCUCAAUACAAAUCAGCGAAAAAAAGGUAAGUUGAAGACUUUGAUUAUGAUGAUAAUCGAAAGUUUUUAGUGUAAAUUGCUUUUUCGGUUCGAAAGGCUACAUUCAAAAAAAAGAUGAGAAGUAAGACUGGUCUAUUCUUCAAACAAAACUUGCUCAUGGCGCAAGAAACCGGAGGUAAAAUUUUGUUUGGAACAAAGAAAUGAGAAAUUACGCUUUUCAGGAUUUGAAAAUAUUUGCUCAAACUCAAAAGAAUGGACUUUUGAAUUUCAACCAGCGUUAAGUUGAAUACUCUCGAAUAAAGGUAGGCGAAUAUAAUCAGUAAUUUUCAGAGGAAAUAUAUUACCCUUCAGAAUCUUCUAACUCGGCUGUUCUUAAGAGACAAACUUGCUCCAAAAGACAAGUCUCGUCAUAACACCUGAAUUAAGGCUGAAGGAAAUUGACCACUUCUCAACUAAGACCGCAAGUCUUUCAAAGCGAAAAAAAGUUAGUUUGAGUUAACCGAAAUACGAUAUGAGAUGAUUUUCAGACGUCUUUUAUCAAUAUAUAUCUCGAAAUUGUUUCAAAACGAGAGAUCGGAAUCUUGUCAAACUUUUGUAAAAACCUAAUCUUGCGGCACAAUAGAAAAUAAUACUUUCGAUGUCGACUUUGCAUUCAAAGGUAGGUUGUUUUAAGAAAUCUGUUCAAAAAAUAGAAAACUUUCAGUUAACAAUGUCUUCUCGACUCGGAAAACAACAUGACAUUAUAGUUCAACCGUUUGAAAAUUUAAAACGGUUUUGAAUUCAAUAGCCGAUAGCCAAAAAAGGUAAGAAUUACAGUCAACACAUGUGGAAACAACGAUAAAUCUCAAUUUAAGGAUUGGAAGUCGCUCUUUAUUUUCGCAACUUCUCAAAUAAGCUAUCAUACUCUCUCUCUCAGUAACUGAAAGACGAUUUCAUGAGAUUCGAUUUCGUCCCCUUCCUCCUCAGAUUCAAAGGUGAGAAAAACUAAAUAAUAUUUGAAUUUCAGGUAUUUUCUGAAAAAAAAUCAAUAAAAAUAUACUGGAACAAAAAGUGCGGCGAAGCCCGGCCCUCCUAUGAAAGAUUCAAUACCGUCUAAAGGACUACAAAAAGAACGGACAUCGACCUUUUGAAAUCGGUUGACUUUUCCUUUUUUUCGUUUCAAUUUGAGGUUUCAGGAUGGCACCAAAUGUUCCUGGGUCUACAAAAAUUAGGAAAACGACUCGCUCACUAGACAAAACACAAAAUCCUCAAAGUUCUUUUCAAAGAGUGAGUUCAAUUUUGUUUCAGACUGGAAAUUGUUCAUAGGGCUUUUAGGUUUGUUGCUCCAGGGCGCAAACUUCGCGUCGCCAUCGGUAUAAAAAAAAACACGAUCCAUCCUGACGACUUCAACUGA